UUACAAGGCAAGGAUGAACUCCUGAAGGAGAUCACGUGCAAUGGACGAUGGUCCAUGCUUUGCUGUGGCCUAGUUCCAGCUUGGUCUGGCUCUUCCACAGUUUCCUGUCCCAGUUCCUCGUCAACAACCCCCAUGAUACCUCCACCUUCGACAACGCGCACCGCAUCUCGGGACGCUUCGCCGCAGCUCAGCGUUGGCGGCAAACCACUGGUACCUCUAGCGAUCCAUGCUGCAGCUUAUUGCCGCCGUUACCGUUCUCCGGACACCAUCAAUUGCCAGCAUGAUGGGUUUCGUCAGCUUCGGGAUGCGGGGCUAACAAGCAUAUCGGUCGGAGUCCACCAUCGUCCGCUGAGAAAACGUCGACACCGGCUCCGAAAGGGUAUUAAAAAGGAUUAAAAUCGUGGAAUUUAUGUUUUUGACGACCUUUUUUUCACUUCUUUUUUUUUUCCCAUUUCUUUUUUUUUUUUUUUUUGGAGGGAGACAUACAGCCCGGUCGCAGCUAGCCCAAUGGCUGGAAGCACGCUCCUGCGCAAAGACUGCCCAUCGCCGGCAAUGCGCGUCGCCAGAUAUCGCCAGAAUUUCCGACUGCUGUACGCCCGUCGUUCUGACUC